GAAUGGAGAAGACCGUGAAGAAGAAUCAGUUUCCACUAUAGAACCAGGCACAAUAACAAGGACAGUUGUUUACACAAAUGGACACAAACUGAAAGAUAUGGUUUCCAAGGCCUUAAGCGUGGAGACGUCCCUGCCUGUGGAAAUACAUACACUCAGUUUUGAACCUGAUCCCACUGUUUCUCUAAGAGAGGAGUUGGAAGCGACAACCUUGGUAACCUUGCCAGAGGAGGGUGUUGGGAACACUGAAGGUUUUUUCCCAACUGUUGCUGUCGGAGAGGACUAUCUUGAGACUUUUACAGACAUGCCUGAGGAAUACAUCAUUGUCCCUUUCAGUGACUCAGUUAUUGUUCUUCCUGCUGAGGCUACCACUGCCUCAGCCCCAGAUACACCCCCCACGGAUAUUAGUGAGGGUCCUCCCUCAGUAGAAGCAGUAGAGGAGACUGUAGUGGAUGCUAGAGAUGAGACAGUUGAUGAAGAGGCUACAGAUGAGACACUUGGCAUAGAGGAGCCUCCAGUGGAUGUUACAGGGGAGAGGAUUGAGGUAGAGGAAACUGUGGAUGCCACUGAGGAGACAAUUAACAUGAAGCCUGCAGAGGAUGCCACAGAGGAGACACUUGAUAUAGAGGAGACUGUGGAUGCGACAGAAGAAGACUACCUUUGGGUUUGGCCACCAGUAGCAACAAUGGCGGCCAUUACGGAACAGCCUGCCACUGAGGAGACACUUGAUGUAGAGGAAACUGUGGCUGUGACAGAAGUCUACCUUUGGGUUUGGCCACCAGUUACAAGAACGUCUGUUAUGAAACAGCCUACCACAAAAUUGAUUACUCCCUUUCCUCCUGAGAAAGAUGUUGUAGAUGAGGAAACCCCCCCAACUGUUGAACCUGAGGAAGAUGAAGGUAACAUUCCUCUUAUAACGCGAGUGACAACAUUUAUGGGAGCAUUUUUUGAUUUUAAUUUCAAUCUUUUUGAUUGAAAUGGAUUUGAAUGUCAUUUUCUGAUAUUUUUUAUUUUCUUUAAAAGGACCCACAACUACUGAGGCGGCUUUAGAGGAGCAACUG